GGGGGGCCCGGGAGGAGGGCGGGGAGGCGGCUGCCGCCUGCCCCCGCAAAACAAAAGGGAGCGGCGGCGGCGGCGAGAGCGGCUGGGAUCAGCUAGGAUCGGCCGGGAGGGACGGCGGGGGCUCCUUCCCCGCCGCGCGUGAUUCGCCGGUGAGCCGUGCCCUCCCCCCGUGCAGGCGCCAUGUCCCGCCGCAGUCAGCGCCUUGUCACCACCCGCUAUUACCCCGGGGACGACGAUGCCACGACCAGCAGCAGCGGCACCUCUCUGCUGGGUGGGACACAGCUCCCCUUCAAGGAGACCGCCGGCAGGACGAUCAGGAGGAAAUCGAGCAGCACAAAGCGCCUCUCUCCCGCCCCCAGCACCCAGACCUCCUACUACAGCGAGUCCAUGAUGAGCGAGUCCUACCUGGGGGGCAGUCGGGGCCUUGCUGCCCUGGGCAGCUCCAUGCUGGAUGAUGACCUGGACAGUGGCACGUACUGGGGUGGGGAGCUCUCUACCAGGAGGAGAAGAGGCACAGGGGACACAGAGUCCAGUAAGAUCAACGGGCUGCUGGAGAGCAAGACGUACGACACCUAUGCCUCUUCAUCUGGGUACUCCUCAGAAGAUGACUAUGCUGGUCACUUUUACUCAGGCCAAAGUAGCUCUGGGUCAGGUCUGAGGACUGCAGCCUCCCGAGUGGGCUCCUUCCUCUGGCAGGUGUUCACCUCCCCAGUUCGGUUCAUGACAUGGCUGUUCUCGGGGCUGGUAGGUGCCUGGCGCCGCCUCACUGGCACAGCUCCCCGCCUGGACAGCAUCCCUUUCUCCAGGCGCUACCCACGUGUGAAGAAGUCCCUGCUUCUGCUGCUGCUUCUCCUGCUCCUCGCUGCUGCCGCCUACGGAGCUUGGUACUUCUACCCAUAUGGGCUGUCAACACUCAGCCUGCCUGCCUUCCCGUGGUGGGGAGCUGGGAAGUUUUCCUCCUCUGAUGUGCCUGGAGCAGGGGACCUGACCAUGCUGGACCAGGGAGGACACCGGCUCCUGGCUCGCUUCCAGUCCCUGGAGAAGCGCUUCGAGGCACUGGAGGCUGAGCUGUCACGGUGGCAGCUGCGUCGGGGGGCGGCAGCCGUGACAGCAGGAGAAGAGCCACCCCCAGGGGACAUCCUGGUGCUGCUGGAGGGGCUGGUGAACCGCCGGGAUGCGGGGCUGAAGGAGCAUCUCCGCACUGACGUGACCAGCCACCUCCAGGGUGAGCUGGAUGCCUUCCGAGCCCAGGUGCAGAGGGAUUUAGACGGGCGCCUGGGGAAGAUGGCACAAGCCUCUCAGGAGAUGGAGGCGCGCUUGCUGGAGCUGAACUCGGAGUGGCAGAGCUCAGCAGAGGAGAGUCUACGAGGGACCUUGCAGCAGGAGGUGGGCAAGCUGGAGCAGGAGGUGGCAGCGCUGAGAAGGGAGCUGGUGGGCCUCAAAUCAGACCAGGAGGUGAUGGGGAAGCAUGUGGAGGGGAUGCUGGAGCAGCUGAAGGCAGUGCGGGCUGAUGUGGAAACGCAAUUCCCAGUGUGGAUCAGUCAGUUCCUGUCACAGUCCCGGAAGGAUGGUGCCACUGGCCUCAUCCUCCAGCGGGAAGACUUGCAAAGAGAGCUCCAGGCUCUGGAGCGCAAGAUCCUUGCCAAAGUCUCAGAGGACCGGAGACUCUCGGCCCAGGAUGCUCAGGCUGGUAGUGGAGUGGCCCUGCAGCGUGGGGGGACUGCAGGGGUGACAGAGGAGCAAGUGCAUCUCAUCGUGGGCCAGGCCCUGAAGCGCUACAGCGAGGACCGUGUGGGGAUGGUUGACUACGCCCUCGAGUCAGCAGGGGCCAGCGUCAUCAACACCCGCUGCUCGGAGACCUACGAGACACGCACAGCGCUGCUGAGCUUGUUCGGCAUCCCCCUGUGGUACCACUCACAGUCCCCCCGUGUCAUCCUGCAGCCAGACGUCAACCCUGGGAACUGCUGGGCAUUUCGUGGCUCCCAGGGCUUUGCUGUCAUCCGCCUCUCCAGCAUCAUCCGCCCCACAGCUGUGACACUGGAGCACAUCCCAAAAGCCCUCUCACCCCAGGGGACCAUCCCCAGUGCCCCCAAGGACUUCACUGUCUAUGGCUUAAAGGAAGAAGGAGAGGAGGAGGGCCUUCUCCUUGGACAGUUCACCUACAACCACGAUGGCGACCCCAUCCAAACAUUUUACUUGGAGGGUGACUCUGUAGGCACAUACCAGCUGGUGGAGCUGCGGGUGCUGAGCAAUUGGGGCCACCCCGAAUACACCUGCAUCUACCGCUUCCGCGUGCACGGGGAGCCAGCGCACUGACCCCCGGCUCCCGAGCACGAUGAGGAUGCCGCCAGGCUGACAGCAGGAGCGGAUUCGUCUGGUUCACCGCUUCGCACAUAGAAAUCCCGGGAUGCGCCAGCAGCUGCCCCAGGAAGCUGCUCCCCUGCGGGGAGGAGAAGAGCUGGUGUUUAAGGGGUGAGGCUUUCACUCUUCUAAGGACUGAGGUGGUGAGACAAGAGCAUCCCAUAUGGGUCCUAGCGCAGCCUGGCUUGUUUUCUGUGCAUAUCGGACUUUUUUAACUUUUUGAGCUAACUUUUUAUCGGGUCUGCGCUGCCCCUUGUCCCUGUUGCCCCGCUCCUUUCUGAUGGUGUGUCUAGCAUUGCCAGGACUUGGGAAAGGGGUGUGUAAUUUUGUGAUGUGCUUCAUGCGGGCUUGGGUGCGAUACGGUUUAUGGGACUGUGGUGCCUGGCCCGGUUCUGCCGGCGUAGGUGGGAGCCACCAGUCCACACAGUGGAGUCCCCUCCACACAGGGUCACUUCUCUUGCCUUGGCAUUGGGUUGGCUAAAGAUCUCCAGCCCUCCGAUGCUGGUCUGGCAGAGAGGAAAUGAGACAGUAUUAAUGAAGUGUUAACAUAGAGCUAACGGUUUGGGGCGGCAGGAGGAGAGAAAUGUGGCACAUGUUGGUGGCAGAGCCUGCCUUGGUGCUGCCGUCCGUCUGCUCAAGCCCUCAUGCUGCCAGUGGCUGUGCUGGGUCUUGGUGAUGCUAUUGGCCUCCCAGGCUGGCUGCCUCCCCAGUGUUAAGCUUGAUGAUUCUAUUGAAAAUUCCUGUUGCCUGCUUCUCCUUUGGGGUUUGUUCUGGGUGUUUUUUUUGGUUGUUUUUUUUUUUUUUUUGAGGGGUGGGGAGGGGCAUUAUUUUACAGUUGGGGUGUUGGGAUUGGUUUUUUUGGUUUUUUUGUAGUAACAAAGGGAAAAAAGACUUUUUCCUUGCAAUUUGUACUUAACCGGAGAAUGUUACAUGGUGCCACUUGGGCAAGUGGCUUAGAUGUGGAGAGGGCUAGAGCUUUGUUUAGUAGCAGAAUAGCGCACAUAGCAGAAUAAGCUAGAACAAGAGCAGCAGAGCUGUUUGAAAUAUGGGCCUCGUUGUUGGGGGCUUGGUAGCUGGACCUGGGAGAUGGGGUCCUCUGUAGGCUGCUGCUGAUGGGGUGCUGGAGGCAUUCCUGCCCUCCUUGCUCUGAAUGUCCUCUGAGACUGCAAUGGCUGGCUGUGGCCUUUUGCCCAUGGCUGCAUCUGUGUAUACAUGACUGUUAGCAGCAAGCAGGAACUGCUGCUUCAGUGCUCUGCAGGUCUCUUGGGUGGGAGAUGGGGCAGUCUCCAGGGCUUGCAGGUGCCAACAUGCUUCUGCUCAUUGGGGAGCAGCAGUCACCCCCACCUGCAGUGCUCUGAGCUGCCUCCAUCAGCUCCCAGUCCCUGAUGGCAGAUGGCUGGUGCAGCCUGACCUCCUUUCUCUUGGAAGGGCUGCCUUUCCCUCCUACCUCUCCUCACAGGCAUUGCUCUGUUCUCUGAGCCCUGGCUGUGGAGGACAGUGCUGGAGCAGGAUGGGGAGUUCUGACUGCAGUGGGCAUGAAAUCCUGCCUGUGCUAAUGUUGUAGAUGGGGGGAGCCACAGCAGGGGUUUGCAGGAAGGAUGCACAGAGAGCUUCCCUGGGCUGAGGAGUGCCAGAGCCAUCUGGCCCCUCCACCUCCUGGUUCCCUGCAUCACAUGUAUUUUGGCUUAUGUUCUUUUAGCAUUUACAGCCUCCAUCUUUGUCUUGUGUUUUGUUGAAAGAAAAGCUAAAGGGCUCACAUUUAGCGCUUCAUCCCUGCCUGAUGCUGGUAUCAUCCUUCCCCUGGCACCAUGAGAGCACCGUGUAUUGAUUCCCACUCUGGUGGUCUCUGCUUGAAGCACUGUAGGCAUAGAGGAGGAGGGAAAGGGACUGAGGAAGUGUCUCCCUUCAUAAUGCCCUAAUGUGUUGAUCAACAGGCAGAGUUGCUGAGCCCUGCCCCCCUCCAUGCCACCCUGAGGGGAUGAGGAUGGUGGCAGCAACAUCCCUUCUGCAGGGGUCCACUUGCUCCAAGCAAGGGAAGUGAGCCCAGAGGCCACAGCCCCAUCUCCAACAGGUUAAAAUUACCCUGUGGAGCCUUCUGCAGAGCUGGGAGGCCCUGCUGCAGGGAGAAAGCUGACCUGUAGCCAGAUCCAGUGACUAUAAAUUCUCUCCUAUAUUGAGCAUAGUCUUAAUUCUUGGCAUCCACAGCCAAAGUUAUUUUAAACUCAUCUACAGCUGCCUGCUUGCCUUGGAGUCAUGUCCGUGAGUGCCCUGUGCACAUGGAGCUGUGCUUUUAUCAAUGCCUAGACCUGUUCUGGGCUCAGCAGAGCAGCUCCUGUAUUUAUUUGAAUGAUAGAGAGAGCAGAGAUGAAGCUCUCCCUUUUUCCCACCUCUCUUUGGCUUCUGGAGCAAAUACCAUAACCAUGAGACUGGGAAAACCCCUUCUUUAAUGUUUCUUCUGGCUCCCUGGUCUCUGGUUCGGACUAUCAGGGCAGACAGGGUCUUUGCCCAAGAAAAAAUUGUUUUGUGGUAAAUCACGCAUGCUUGUAAGAGGUGGGAAAAGGGACCUCUUUCCCUGAGAAUAGAAUUGUAGCAUGGUCUCUGCACCUUCCAAGGGGGUGUUAGCUGGUGGCUCUGGGUUAGGGAGCAUUUGGCUUUACAGGGCAAGCUUGCCCUGUCCUUUGGAGAUGAAAGUCUCUGCUGUUCUGAGGUAAAAUCCUCUGGAGACACCAGUGAGGGCUCAUCCUGGGGCUUUAUGCUCUUCUCUAGCUGGUUUUAGAGGCCUCAUGGUGCUGCCUGUGUGAGGAUCCCCAGGAACAUAUGCUGAGGCUACAUGUAGUUUUUCAGCCCCCACAUUCAGCAUCAGUGCUGGGCUGCAGCCUGAGUACCUGUACUGAAUGCCUGGGCAAGCUGCCUUUCCAGCAGCCACUUGCAGGAUUUCUGCAACACUUCCCAGAGCUACAAAAAAAAAAAGGGCACAUAAAACUGCUGCUUCAGCAUGUGCAUCUCUGCCCAAGGGUAUUUAAUCCUAGAGCUGAUGCAGAAGAUGAGCCUGGUGAGGCAGGAGAAAUGCAGAACAGCUGUGAGAGCAGAUUUCCCUUAUUUACUUCAUUUCCCUCCUCUAUUUUCCCUCCUUCUGAGUUUCCCCUACACACGUUACAAAUUAACCCUGCAGAAACAGAUGGUUACAGGCAGGAGUUUGUAUUUGAUGCUGUAGCCUGUUGCAAAUGCUGCACUGUUUUGUUCAUUUUAUUUUUUAAUCAACAGAUUGUAAUUUAUGCCUAUGCAAGAAAAAAAAAAGACCAAGACAAAUAAAUUAUAUCAAAACUGU